UUUUUCAUUAUAUAAUACAAUAUUUUGAAAUGACACGUGCGUAAUAUCGCGGUGUAAUGUCUGAGUUUGUAUAAUUUAAUACUUUAGCUCUUAAGCAUUACAUUGUGCUUUUAAUGACGUGUAAGGUUUGACAUAGUAGUGAUCAUUAGUAGUGAUCACAUGAUUAUUGAAUAUUGAAUACAUGAAUUAAUAACAAAUAAAAAUAUUCAUUCUUGCCAAAAUGUGGGCGGACACAAUUCUAAUUGUAUUUAUCAGCAUAUGUACGGCGUUAUUGGGCGAAGGGUUGACGUGGUUAAUGGUGUAUAGAACUGAAAAAUAUCAAAAAUUGAAGGCUGAAGUUGAAAAGCAGAGCAAAAAGUUGGAAAAAAGAAAAGAAGCACAUGGCGAUUCUUUAGACAAACAGCAGAAAAAGAAGAUUGAACGAGAAGAGGAAAGACUAAAGAAUAACAAUCGGGAUCUAUCUCUUGUGAAGAUGAAAUCUAUGUUUGCAAUUGGAUUUGCAUUUACAGCACUUUUAAGUAUGUUCAAUAAUAUAUUUGAUGGACGAGUUGUUGCCAGAUUACCAUUUGUCCCAAUCAGUUGGAUACAGGGUUUGUCACACAGAAAUCUCCCGGGUGAUGAUUAUACAGAAUGUUCAUUUAUAUUUUUAUACAUAUUAUGCACCAUGAGCAUCAGACAGAAUAUCCAGAAGAUACUUGGCUUUGCGCCAUCUAGAACUGCAAGUAAGCAGAGUGGCAGUAUCUUUGGACCACCACCUCAACAAUUCAAAUAAAUUCAUAUUUGAGCAUUCAUAUUUAAUCAUCAAGAAUAGUUAUUGAUGCUUAUAGAGAUUUUUUGUACAUCUAAUUGCUCAAUUUUAGACAUUUAUUCUUAUGUCCAAUUAAUCUUUAUAACAUCAAUUUUUUGUUUUGUAUAUUCCAUAUUGUGAAUUAUAUUUAAAUAAUAUCUUUAAAAAUA